CUUUUGAUUGCGUUCUUUUUACUCUCGACAAUGACCGCAGAAAUUGCCACCGUAUCUCUUGAUGUCUUUUUAGCAGACCCAUCGUCCAAAGCCGCUCAACUGGAAGCCCGUAACGCUGCUGAGUCUCUUAUUCGGACAGGGGCGUUGAUCGUCCGUGACUCUCGUGCACCCAAAGAAGCAAACGACAGAUUCCUUGACCUGUUUGAAGACUACUUUGCCCAGUCACAGGAAGCAUUGAAGGAGGAUGAGCGGCCAGAGCUCGGGUUCCAAGUGGGUGUUACGCUGGAGAACACAGAAAAGCCGAAAUGCUCCUCGGAUGGAGACUGUAAAGCUAUCAUUGCGUCACUUGAAGCUUCUGAAAGACCGCAAGACCUAGAAGGCUUUGGUGCAGACCCGAAAUGUCGGUUCUUCCACCGGAUGUCGGAAGUUCCGCCGUACCAAAGCAACUUUCCAGUACUUGAAGCACCGAACGUGACUCCGCGAGCAUUUGAAAGGACGUGGGAGGAGAGAGUGAAUGAAUGGGGAAUGUUUAUGAGGCAAUCGGUAGAAGGGGUCGCAAGGAUGGUUGCGUUGGGAUUGGAUAUGGAAGAAAGGGCGUUUUUGGAUGCGGGGCGUUAUGGAUCACACCUGCUCGCACCUACUGCCACGGAUUUAGAAAAGUACGGAGAGCUUAACACUAUUUGUGCCGGCUUCCAUACGGAUCUCAACUUCCUUACUAUCCACGGCCAGUCACGAUACCCUGGACUGCAUAUAUGGGCUAGAAAUACAGGGAAGAAGAUCCAGGUGAAGAUCCCUCCCGGAUGCUUGCUUGUCCAGGCAGGGAAGCAAAUCGAAUGGCUGACUGGUGGACUUAUCAAAGCUGGCUACCAUGAGGUCGUUUGUACAGAAGCUACUCUGCAAACUCUCAAAAGACGAAAGUCAGAGUUCCCCGACCGACCUUCUAUCCGUAUCUCAUCAACUUUCUUUUGGCAUCUCAGUCCCGAUUACGAGCUCUCGCCCAUCCCAUCCUUGCAACGAGAAGCGGAGAAACGGUUUGGGAAGCAGGAGGACUAUGGGACUAUGCUUGUCGGAGAUCAGGUUCGGAGGGAGUUAGGUCUCAUUGCUCUCAUGCCAGCGUGAUGGACAGGACAGUAGUUGCCUGUGUGAGGAGCGCGUUAUUCAUUUAAGAGGCACUUUUUUGAUCCAUAUAAUACCGCCUUGAACGGAUUUCCUAGAGUUCUUGAUCACAUCUAGCGGCCUUGUAUGUAAACGUGAGACGGCGUAAUGAUUCAAACUGAAUAAUAGUCAGCCGUAACGUCUCAUGGGUUAGGCACGUACGUAGGACAGUCAUAUUAUUAUAUCAUGGAUCG